UUUACCUUCGAAAAGUGGUGGCGGCUGCAGUCUGGGCCCAGAACCUGCGGCCCUGAAGACAUGGAGUUUGUGUCUGGAUACCGAGAUGAGUUCCUUGAUUUCGCUGCCCUCCUGUUUGGCUGGUUCCGAAAGUUCACGGCAAAGCGUGGGGCUGGGGGGGCCAGCCUUGAGGGUCGCUGGCGCCAGCUGGAGGCUCAGAUAAGAAGGCUGCCCCAGGACCCUGCCCUUUGGGUGCUCCACGUCUUGCCCAACCAUAGUGUGGGCAUCAGCCUGGGGCAGGGGGCAGAGCCAGGCCCUGGACCAGGCCUGGGGGUUGCCCGGUUCCUGGGAGAUGAGCCCCCACUCCAGCUGCGAGACCUAAGCCCCUAUGUCAGCUUUGUCAGCCUGGAGGAAGGGGAGGAAGCAGAGGAGGAGGAAGAGAAGGGGGACAAGGAGGGUGCAGGCGUGGAGAAGGUAGAUCCAGAGGAGGGUGGGGAGCCAGCCCCCGCCAGCAGGGAGCCCCGCCAGGAAGCAAAGCCUGCAGGGGAGACGGAGGAGGCUGAGCAGGAGGCAGGAGGCGGCGAGGAUGAUUGCCGGGCGGACAAGGCGGACGACGAAGCGGGCCCUGAGAGGAGGAAGGGGUGGAGAAGUGAGGCUGCCCCCCUGCACCUUUCCUGCCUCCUACUGGUGACCGAUGAACAUGGCACCAUCCUGGGCAUUGACCUGCUAAUGGAUGGAACCCAGGGGAGUGCAGGCAAGGGCUCAGGGACCGAGAACCUGGUUCCUCGGGCCUAUGCUCUCCUGUGCCACAGCAUGGCCUGCCCCAUGGGCUCCGGAGACCCUCGAAAGCCCCGACAGCUCACCGUGGGAGAUGCCCAGCUGCAUCGAGACUUGGAGAGUCUGGUCCCGAGGCUGGGAGUGAAGUUAGCCAAGACGCCGAUGCGGACAUGGGGUCCCCGGCCAGGCUUCACAUUUGCCUCCCUCCGGGCUCGAACCUGCCAUGUCUGCCAUAGGCACAGCUUCGAGGUGAAGCUGACACCUUGCCCCCAGUGCAGUGCCGUCUUGUACUGUGGAGAGGCUUGUCUCAGGGCCGACUGGCGCCGAUGCCCAGAUGACGUGAGCCACCGAUUUUGGUGCCCGAGGCUUGCAGGCUUCAUGGAGCGGGCCGGGGAGCUGGCAAGUCUGCCUUUCAGCUACACCGCAGAGGUGACCAGUGAAACCUUCAACAAGGAGGCCUUUCUGGCCUCACGGGGCCUCACUCGCGGCUACUGGACCCAGCUCAGCAUGCUGAUUCCAGGCCCUGGCACCCCCAGGCACCCCCGGGGCAGCACACCAGCCCUGAGCCUUCUUCUUGGUGGAGAUCCCUACCAGCUUCUCCAGGGGGAUGGGCCUGCCCUGAUGCCUCCUGUGCCCCCAGAUCCACCCAGGGGCAUCUUUGGCUCGUGGCAGGAUUACUACACGUGGAGGGGCCUCAGCUUGGACUCCCCCAUGGCCGUGCUUCUCACCUACCCGUUGACCGUGUAUUACAUCAUCACCCACCUGGUGCCCCAGUCCUUCCCUGAGCUCAACAUCCAGAACAAGCAGUCACUGAAAAUUCACGUGGUGGAAGCCGGGAAGGAGUUCGACCUGGUCAUGGUGUUUUGGGAGCUCCUGGUCUUGCUCCCCCACGUAGCCCUGGAGCUGCAGUUUGUGGGUGACGGCCUGCCCCCUGACAGUGACCAGCAGCAUUUUACCCUGCAGAGGGAUGGCCCAGAGGUGUCUGUCCGUCCCGGUUCCGGGGUAUCCGCGCGGCUCAGCUCCAGCACCAAGGAGAAGGGGGGCCGCAGGGACCUGCAGAUCAAGGUGUCUGCACGGCCCUACCACCUGCUCCAGGGGCCCAAACCCGACCUGGUUAUCGGAUUUAACUCCGGCUUCGGUCUCAAGGACACUUGGCUGAGCUCGCUGCCCCGGCUACAGUCCCUCCGAGUCCCGGCCUUCUUCACCGAGAGCAGCGAGUACGGCUGUGUGAUGGACGACCAGACCAUGGCGGUGGCCACGGGAGGGGGCACCAGCCCCCCGCGGCCCAACCCCUUCCGCUCCCCCUUUCGCCUGCGAGCCGCCGACAACUGCAUGCCCUGGUACUGCAACGCCUUCAUCUUCCACCUGGUCUACAAGCCCCCGCAGGGGAGUGGGGCCCGCCCGGCGCCCGGCCCCGCGCCCCGGGUCCCGACCCCCACCGCGCCCCCCGCCCCCGCCCGCAGGCGCCGAGGGGAGAAGAAACCCGGGCGGGGGUCCCGCCGGCGCAGGUGAGGGCUCA